GGGCAGUCGAUGGAUUUGUACCAGUGGAGUGACUUCAUCGCUGUACCCGCCGUGUUCGUUUGUCCACCUACGAAGUUCCGCAAUGUGACGGUUUGACGGGAGAUGAUAUAAAGUUACGAGCCGGUGCGAUAAACAAAGGAUGGUCAUUGGUUUCUGCCACCGUUGACAUGAACAUUCACGUCAUUGGCCGAAUUCGGCCAAAGAAUAGAGGAGAAGGGCUACCUUUGCAACUAGAGGCCUCAAAUAGAGUAGCAGCAAGACCUGGAGGACCUUAUUAUGGAUUUUCUGAAUUGUUUACUCAAAAGAGUACAACCUAUGAUGUGUUCAAAGGAUCUGUCGGAGCAAUGGUCGAUCUAUUCUUGGGAGGCUUUAAUGUUUGUUUGCUCAUCUGCGGCGAAAGUGGAGCUGGAAAGUCUUACUCAUUGGCUGGAGAUGGACAGAGCAAGGCUGGUCUUGUUCCGAUAAUGAUAGACCAUAUUUUUACCAGGCUCAUGAAAGAUAGUCAUGGUUCCAAUAAAAAAAUGUCACUGAGCAACCCAAGACUAAGCAUGCAGGUAGUUGAGAUUUACAAUGAAGUCAUCAAAGAUUUGAUGGAAUUGCCUGGACAAAGAUCAGCCUCCUUGGUCCUGAAAGAAGAUGCACAUAAAGGAGUAUACAUUGAGAGAGCCAGCAGUGCAAUCAUCAAAGACAACACUCAGGCCAAUAGAGAGUUCCGGCAAGCUUGGGGCCGCCGGACUGAGGCGUCGUCAGACUAUGGGCCGGCCGUACACCACUCUGCCGUGUUCUGUCAGAUCGAGAUGGAAGUGAGAAUUGGUUCAAGUCCUCAGCCGUUCAAGUCGAAGUUUACCGUCGUCGAACUUCCUGGUCUCGAGAGGCUCGUCUCUGACUCUGAGCAUCUCAGUCUUCAGGGAGGGCCACACCUGACCAAAGCUCUGGUGGCCUUGAAGCAAGUCGUCACAGCCUUGAGCAGCAAUCCCUAUCCAGACAGGGUUAUUAGAUACAAUGAGUCAAAGCUGACCCAGCUUCUGCAGGAGGAGUUAGGUGGAAACUGUCACACUCGCGCUCUCGUCUGUCUCAAGCCAGAGUCCGACCCCGACGUCACCGCGGAGGUCCUCAAGUUUAGCAACAGCCUCGCCCAAGUGAAGAAUUUCCCCAUCGUGAAUGACAGCCUUGCACAGGCUCUUCUUACUCAAACUCGUGCUCGAAACAUGGAUCUCAAAGCACAAGCCGGUGUUGGACAAACCAUAACGACUACAAUCCCUGCUGUUGAUGAUUCUGAGUCCGAGAUUAGACGGCUUCAGACUGAAAAUCUGGUGCUGAUAGAUCAGAAUGAGCGACUGUCUCUCAAGGUGGAUCAGCUCACCAACAAGUUUGGCCAGGUCACCAGCAACAAGACUGAUUUGUCUCAGCAGCUGCUGCUCAGUGAGGAAGAAAAACUCAAGGUAUCCCAGUCCUUGGUGGAGAUGCAGAUUGAAAAUAACAAGAUCAAAGAGGAAGCUGAGGCUACAAAUUUUGAGCUGACAAAUAAGAUAAUUCUGUUGGAGAACCAGCUGGUUGAGAUUCACAAUGAGCGGGAUAGACACAAUCGGGCAGCAAAGGGGGCAAAGGAGCGUCUCAAUGAAAUGGAGACAGACAGAAAAGAUCUGGCUGAUGAGUACGUUGUCCUCAAGACAAACUAUCUUGCCUUGACUAAUGAGCACAAAAAAGAGUGCCAUAGAAAUGAAAACCUGGCUAUUGAAUUGCUCAACUUGGUGAACAACAAAGCUGCUCUCAUGAGACAAGUCAUGGUCCUCACCAAUGGUGAUCCUAGUAUGGUGGAUGAUCCGAAUGCUGAAAUUGCUCGGGUUAAAGCCCUUGUCAACCAGAACUCUUCAGGCAAAAUCAAGACAGACCAGAUACUUGGCACUCAGAGGGACAGGGAGAUGGUGGAAGAAAGGUUAUUUGCAAGUCAAAGGAAAUUUGAUUCUGAAAUAACGAGACUGAAGAAUGAACAUGGAGAUGAUUACAAGAAAUAUGAAUCAAGAAUGUCAACUUUGAUGAAAGAACUGGCUGACACAAGAACUUUGGCAAGAGAAAGGCAGCAGAAAAUAUCGGAACUGAAUGCGAAACUUAUCACUUUGCGUGGAGAAAAGGAGGCACUUGAAACACAAACUAACCGUUUGCAACAUAAAGUUAAAGAUUUAGGUGAAGAUUUCAGGGCAAGGCUGGUGAAAUAUGUGGAGGACAUUGCUGAAUACGUGGACAAAGGUAGUGGGGUUCCAGGACACCACCAGGAGAAGAGAAUGAGAGACUACGUGGACUCUAUGCUGAAGGACAUCCGCAGGUCACACCGCGAGCGAGAGGACCAGCUCAGCCAUGCCGCUCAAGCUUACAGAAAGAGAUUGCAGACCACAACACAUAGCUACGAACAAGUCCUGAUUGCAUACAGGAACCUUCGUCAGACGUGUGAGGCUCGUGGCUUUGAUAGAGUAGAUCUCGGUCCGGGCGAGGAUGAGUUAAGGCUUGGAGAUUCCGAAGUGCAAUCUUCUCACUUGAAAGAAUUGGACAGGACCAAAGGAGAAUUGGGCAAAGUCAAGAACGAAUUGGAUGCCGUCAAACUGCGGUAUGGCCUAUUUGGAGGUGAUGGGAAGGAAAAUUUUGCAGAUUUGACCACGGUGUCGGCUCGCUCCGACCUAUGGGGAGCGUUGAGGAAACAGCUGAGAGAGUUCACGCUGAACACACAGCAACAGCUAGAACAGGAGCGGGCUCGUCUGCUGAGCGAGAACCAGGUGUUGCAGCAGCAGCUUAAGGAGAGUCAGGAUUACAUUGACUGCCAUCUUGUCAGGUACAAGCAAGAAAUCUUGAGACUGAGACAGCUGUUAGGAAUGUCUGAGGCAGAGGUGGCAGCCGCUCAUACUCGCUCCAGAAAGAAGUGAAGCGCUCACACAGAAGUUGCAUGAGUGCAUCUGUUUCAUUACUCUGUGAUAAUAUGCAUAUUAGGAUUAACCUAUUUUAUGGGAAAUGUUGGGUUUUGUUUUUGUUUAUUAAUCCAUCACAUUCAAUGAACCAGACAGGCCUGUCUUUUUUAAUUGUUUAAACUGAUGGUAUUCUGUAGAGACUGUUUCCUCAGCUGGUUUUUUUAAAAGUUUCCUUUCUGAAAACUUCUCUUUUCCCUUUUCAGGACAUGGAACUGACAAUGUUGUUAAUCAAUCUGCUGUCUAUUUUCCUGUCCCUGGGGUUUUAUGCACCCCGCAUAAUUUAGCAAAAUGUGAUCAUUUUUUGGCAUAAUUUCUGAUUACUUUCCUUUAUCAUUCUUUGUUAAAAUUAACAGAAUCGCAUAAUUUCACAGUUUUGGGCUCAGUUUGCAUAAUUUCAGAUUAUUUUUUGGCAUAAAAUUGGCGGUACAGAUUUUUCAGGGCCUCUUUUUUGUACUGCUUGUGCACUGGUCAACUUAAUGUUCCUACUUGCCGAUUAUAAGUGCAAAAAAAUGUUAUAGAACAACCUUGUGUAUACUUCAUCACAGAAUGGUGUGAGAGUUAAAGUUUGGAAUUUAUUAAGAAAAUGGGUUUUCUCCUUAACCCUAUUGUAAACGACCAGAAAAAAAUAUUUUUGAUAUAAAACAAUUGAAAUUUUGUUUUUUUUUGUGUUAGAGAGUUUAAGUUUCUUCAUCCAAAACAGCAAGCUGCAUGAUUGCUGUGUGAGAAUUCUUUAUUGUAGUUUGUGAGCUUUAAGAAAAUCUCACUUGUCCUGGCCUCAUCAGGUUUAGUUUGUAUGUAAAGUUUGAACAGAAUCCGUCCAUGAUUAAAAAAAUUAACCCUCAGGUGACCCCCGUCCAUUCUAACCUUGUGUGCCUCUCCAUGGUUUGUUUUGAAUUGCAGUACGGAGCGCUUUUGGUUUUAUUACUUAUGAGUAUUUCAUAUAGUCUUUACAGUGAAUAUAUCCUUCUGCGUUAAACAUAUGUUUUUUUGCAGUAUAAAGUUCCCUUCUUUCAGUGAAUUCAUUCAUAGAAAAUUUUCAUGGGUAUUUCAGUUGUUGAACAGUCCCUACUACAAGCAAUGGUCCUUGAUUCAAAGAUGCAAUAUGAAUUGUUUUUUAAAAAUUACUCAUUUUUGUCAGCCUCAGCCAUGAUUUGUUGACUUUUUCUUUCCUUUACACAAAUAACACCACAACAUUGUUGUUUCAUCCUUUGUAUUGUUUGUUGCGUUGAAACAACACAAAAUUAGUCACUUUAAAUCCAAAUAAAAUAUUUAUACUGUCCAAAAGUUGCUAUUCAUAUUUUCAAACUUAUUGUAAACUAUCAACCACCACAUGACUUGGAUGAUGUUUGUAAAUACAAUUUCAUGUAAAUGAUUAUAAUAAUUAUAACAUAUUUUUUAAAAUUAUAAUUUAUUUUGUAAAAUGUUUUCUUUGGUUUUACAAUGUACCCAUAUUUUUAACUCUUUAUCUGCUGGGAGCCGCUCACUGCAAGAUUGCAUUCAUGGAUGCGAUAAAACGUGAAUUCGAAGCUUUCUAAUGGGAAGUCAUGAUUUUAUGUUUCCUCAACUUUUGUGUGAAGAAAAAAAAUUAUGGGCGUGUUUAUGAUUGGGUAACAUAAAAAUAUAUAUAAAUUUUACAACAAAAUGCACAUUUUAUAAAAGUUCAUUAAUUUCUGGACAUUUUGGUAUAUGCUACAACUAUAUUUCAGCGUAUUUGAUCUAAAUACUGAUUUUUUAAUGAAACACCCUUGAUCAGAAUUUAAUCAAAGGGAAAAACCCCAACAAUAUCUGUUCAAAACCCCAAGCAGAUAAAGAGUUAAAGCUCAUACCAGUACUCUUUGAGUUUGCCAAAGACCUUGAACUUCAACUCCUUGACACAAACUAUACUGUCCUGUAGAACAAGUAAUUCAGUAAUAAUUAAAUUCCAUUAGUUAUUCAAAAGGUACGGAUGUUAUGUAAUGUUGUUUACUACUAGGAAUAGUAUGAUGAAGUUGUCAAUAUUUGUCAGUGAUUUUUUCUUCUCUUAUUAAGUAAAACAGUGCAAUGCGUUACACUAAAGUAGAAUCCAUAAUACAAGCAGGAAAAAAAACCUGGCUCAAACUGACGGAUUAUAGAUUGAUUCAUUUUAGUUGUUCUGCUAUAUUAGAUUUUCAAAUUAAUUUAAUUAUAAGAACCUACUGCAGGAGGCGUUUCAAAUUUGUAGACGAAAAGCAAAGGUAAUAUUCCUGGUAAGUGCUACAGCAGUUUUGAAUAUGUUUACUAAUAUGGAAUGAAGAUAUGCUGUCUUUUGUAGCUCUGUAAAAAUUUAUUCAUUGCAAUACUGUGUGGUGAUUUCUUUUGCUAAUAUUUGAAUGUCGAAAUUCAAAGUAUUUAUUCUCAACUUCAGAAAGAUUUUCCCUACUUCAUGAUCAUGAAAUCAUAGGCUUGUCUUAAGAUCUAAAACUGGGUGUAUAUUUAGUUACAUUGGAAACUCACUGCACCCUUUGUAAUAUUGAUCUAGGAUAGCUUGGGGCAGCAUUUUAGACUGACUUUUCUGAAUGGCUUCACAAAAUAUUCAUGGGAAAUCCAAACAAAUGAAAACAUUGCUGGCUCAUGAAUGGCCAAGUUAAGACGACCAGCAAGCAGACAGGCUGCAAUCAAAAAAAUUUUCUUCUUCAGAUAAAACUUAUCAUAUCUUAGCAACCCAUAUCCAGUGUGGGGUGUGGUGUCUAUUCAGUAUCACACCUAAUG